CUCGUAGCAACUUUGUUGCGAGAGUAUAAAAAUUGCUAAAAGUGGGUUAACUCACUAACGAAAAACGUCAGAAACACUAAAUUUCACAGAAAUAAUAGCAGAAGGAAGCUGCACUGAGAUUUUUUACAAAAUGGAAAAUGGGCGUGGCAUCGCUCACUUAUGGGUCAAAAACCAUAUCUCAGGAACUACUCGACAGAUUUCAAUGAAAUUCGGUGUAUAAUAUUUUCUUAACACCCUGAUGACACGUGUGAAAAAUGGACGGUUCACAACCACGACAACUUCCCAUAUAACUCAUUUUUGAAUUUCAUCUUAUUCCUUCACUUUAUAAUAUGUACAUAAGGAACCAAUGAAGAUAGCGAAAUAAAACUUUACACAAAUACUGUAUAUGAUAUGUGGCAUCACUUGUGUAAAAAUUGUCGAAAUCGGACUAUAACUUUUCAAUGCCCCGUGGCCAAAUGAGCCUUAACACCACACCAAGAUACACCAUUACCAGAUACACACCACUGAUAGGCCAUCUCAACACACUCACCACAUAGAAUCCACACCAUACCACUCUCACGAGCGCACCACACGUCAACACACAUACAUCAACCACACCGACGUCAUACUACUUCCACUCAAUAAUAAAUCAAACAAAAGGAAUGGCCGAGGGCUUUCCAACACCCCAUUCGCUAAGAAGUCGAUCGAUCGUUCUCAUCAUUUUUGCAUUUUCUUAUUUUCCUUCGCGUUCGUAAGCCAGAAUUUUACACGGGUGAAUUUAACCGCACAAAACUUAAUUUUUUAUCAAUUGUAAUUACAUAUUUAUACAAUAAAAUUCAAGAAUAUCGAAGAAUUCCCGUGUACCUUAUUAAAACGGUGGUGAGUGGACAAAGUUCGUAAAAGGUAAGGCUCUAUAAUAAACAUGGUCCUUCGAGCCAUACAGUGACGGCACUAUUGGCUAAACAAAAACAAAAAUCAAAGUGCAGUGAAACCAAAACCAAUAAAAAAGUAAGAAAUACCAAAACACAAAGGAAAAAGUGAUAUAAAAUAUAAUAAAAAGUGCAGUGAACAAAGAAAAAAUAAAGUGCUGUGCCAAAUUAAACAUAAAAAUUCGCAUUUGCAAAAGUACAUAAAAUAUAUAAAAUUAGACAAAUGCAACAAAGUUAAGUCAGUGCUGUGCAGAACGGAACAACGGAGAAACAAAGUGACAUACACAUAUUUAUACAAAGUGCCAAAGCAGUGAAUAUAUAAAACACAAGAAACAAAGAGUUACAAUUUUAAACAAAAGUAUAAAUUUAAAUUAACCAAAAAAAAAAAAAAAAGAAAAAACCUCCAAAAAUCGGGCGCGAAUAAAAUCUUAAUCAAUAAUUCUAAUAACAAUAAUUUUAAAACACACAAAAAAACCAAAACCAAAAACGGAUAAAUUCAGCAUCCUAACAGGAACAUUUAACAGGCAGAGUACAACAACACUAAAUCACUUUCUCCCAAACGCCCCUUGAAGCGAGUUAAAGUAAAGAUGGAUGCUGACAUGCCAACUGCACCAACGCCAAUCAUACGUUCGGCUGUCACGGUUCCGCGCUCUCGGGCUGCCCCCAUUGCAGCGCCCCGAACAACCAUGACUUCUGCUGCGCCCCGAACAACGACUGCAGUCUCCGUGCAAACGUCUGAUCGCAAUGACACGAGAACACUGGCCUCGUCGCCAUCACCGCCCUCUGAUCCGCAUCGGCUCAGAUGCCCCCUAUGCCGCCGCUCGCAUCGGCUGCAGCACUGUGGGAUAUUCAAGAGCAUGCCACCACUACGACGACAUCAGGUCACACAAGCGCAUGGAUACUGCCUCAAUUGUUUAGCGCACACCCAUACUACCCAGGAGUGUAUGUCCGAUGGCCUAUGCCAAAGGUGUGGCAGGCUUCACCAUACCCUUCUACAUCGCGAUAAUGGGCAUUCACCUACACCCCGCAACCAUGCUGCACUCCGACGACCAGAGUCAAGCCUGGUUCCACAACACCGACGGCCGAUUACGAAUCGUGAUCCACCUUCGUGGCGCCCAUACACCAAAACAACCACGCGACGGCGUCAGCCUAGGCAGCAAUCACGGCGCCUCACCGGACUCAGCACCGUUGUGGAGACAUUGCAACAGCUACAGCGACUCCUAGGCUAACAAUUCGCCUAGGGGGGCCGGGAUGGCCAAAUGAGCCUUAACACCACACCAAGAUACACCAUUACCAGAUACACACCACUGAUAGGCCAUCUCAACACACUCACCACAUAGAAUCCACACCAUACCACUCUCACGAGCGCACCACACGUCAACACACAUACAUCAACCACACCGACGUCAUACUACUUCCAC